AUGGUGCUGCGCCUCCUGGCUCUCCUCCUCCCAGGGGUUUUGGUGCCAGCUUCCAGGGCGCAGCCGGUGCUGACUCAGCCGGCCUCCAUUUUAGUGUUGCCGGGACAAACGGUGAAACUCUCGUGUGCCCUGAAUCCUGGGUACAACAUCCGGGAGUUCGGGGUCGCCUGGUACCAGCAGAGACCUGGCAGCCCUCCGAGGUACCUGCUCUAUUACAACUCGGAGGUGGACAAGGACAAGCCCUCUGGAAUUCCGGACCGCUUCUCCGCGUCCAAAGACCCCGCCAGCAACGCCUGCGUUCUGACCAUCGCCGCGGUCCAGGCUGAGGACCACGCUGACUAUUACUGCUCCAUCACAUAUCCCAUCUACUAUCUCUAG